ACGGUGAAGCGUGUUUGGGAGCCAAGACGUGGGCUGCUGCUGCUGCUGCUGCUGGGGAGUGGGAGGGGUGUGACAGGCAGCCGCUCCACAGCCGCAGACAGCAGCCCGAACCAUUGUCUAAAUAAACCUGCUCCUGUAGCCUGGUGUCUGCAUCCCACUGCUGCAGCUCGUUUGAUCACACCGGUUCCCUAUUAAUAGAGCAGACAGCACAGCCGAGGCUGCCUACUGCUGUGAGAUGCACAGUGGUGGAGAUUUGACACCUCCAGGUGGAUGACGUCAGAUCCUUAUGUGCAGGGUUGAAACUUUUUGAUUUGCUCUGAAUGGCCGAGCAAGGUGUCGUUUAUUCCCAGGCCCCGUAUUUGGGGGGUUUGGUUGGGUCACUUCUUCGGGUGCGUUGCUGUAAGAUGAGAUACUGAUGCUGUGGCGAUCGAAUCAUUAAACAGAAAUGUGGGUAGUAAACAAACUCCUCCUGGCACACACACACACACACAAGCACACACAAGCACACACAUCAAACAUGCACGUGGCAACUCUGAGAUGGUUAAUUUCCGACAGUGGCAGCAGAUUGGACACUGUGUGUGUGUGUGUGUGUGUGUGUGUGUGUGUGUGACUGACUGCACCCCCUCGGCACUAGCCAAGGAACUAAUGAGGCAGCUGAAGAUAUGGUUAUCACUGCAGCAUCGCCAGUAUUCGGCGGGUGAACUUUGGCAGUGGGUGUGUGGGUGCAGCACACACAGGCCUGGGGAUCUGAGGUGUGGGUGGAAGCUGAUUCAAGACAUCAAACAGACGUUCCCAUCAAAGCUCCCUUUCCUCAAGUCAGAAAAUGUAUGCAUUUUUUAACCGUGCCCGGGCUGCGAUGCCAGGGGGACUUCACUUCCACACACUGUCACCUGGUGUUCAGAUUAACGAGUUAAGUAAUGUGCCUGUACCAGUAAUGCUGAUGCCAGAUGACUUUAAAGCCUACAGUAAGAUCAAAGUGGACAACCACCUAUUUAACAAAGAAAACCUGCCUAGUCGCUUUAAGUUCAAAGAGUACUGUCCCAUGGUGUUCAGAAACCUGAGGGAGAGGUUCUGCAUCGAUGACCAGGACUACCAGAACUCUCUGACGAGGAGCGCCCCGCUCAACAGCGACACCCAGGGUCGCUUCGGCAACCGCUUCCUGUCCAGCUACGACCACCGCUUCGUAAUCAAAACCGUGUCCAGCGAGGACAUCGCUGAGAUGCACAACAUCCUAAAGAAAUAUCACCAGUUUAUAGUGGAGUGUCAUGGCAACACGCUGCUCCCUCAGUUCCUGGGCAUGUACAGGCUAACGGUGGACGGGGUGGAGACCUACAUGGUUGUGACCCGGAAUGUAUUCAGCCAUCGCCUCACUGUACACCGCAAAUAUGACCUGAAGGGGUCUACAGUCUCCAGGGAAGCCAGCGACAAGGAGAAGGCGAAAGAACUCCCCACUUUUAAAGACAACGACUUCUUGAAUGAAGGCCAGAAGCUGCAGAUAGGGGAUGACAACAAGAAGUACUUUUUGGAGAAGCUAAAACGGGAUGUAGAGUUCCUGGCCACCCUGAAGAUCAUGGACUACAGCCUCCUGGUGGGCAUCCAUGACGUGGAGCGGGCAGAGCAGGAGGAGAUGGACGUGGAGGGUGUGGGAGAGGAGGAGGAGUACGAGAACGACGGGAUGGGCGGCGGCGUGCUCACCGGCUCCUUCGGCACGCCUCCGGACAGCCCGGGGAACCCCCUCAACUGCGGGGGGUUCUUCGGCCCCGGGGAGUUUGACCCAUCGGUGGACGUUUACGCAAUCAAGAGCCACGACAGUGCUGUGAAGAAGGAGGUUUACUUCAUGGCCAUCAUCGACAUCCUCACGCACUAUGACGCUAAGAAAAAAGCUGCACAUGCUGCCAAAACUGUGAAACACGGGGCGGGGGCCGAGAUCUCAACAGUGAACCCGGAGCAGUACUCAAAACGAUUCUACGAGUUCAUGUCCAACAUCUUAUCAUAGACUCAUCUCCCAAUCUCCUAAUCCAGCCAGUCACUUCCUGUCAUAGAUCUUUCAAAUGCCACGCACUUAUUUCUCUUCCCCCGCCUCGGCGUUGGUCCAUCCGCCUCCUGCCUCUCUACCCCCCUUUUAAAAAAGCAAAAGAACCUUCCAGUCUCCUCCCUCGGCCAGGACCAGUUUUGGCAGGAUGGAUGCACCAAGUCUGUUACUGUCCCACAGAAACUCACCACCACCCCCCUGGUUCCUUCAUCCACUGCAAGGAAAACUCAUGACAACCCUCACCAAAUUCGGAAAUGACUUCCUGAAAAUCUUCCUGUCCUUUGAAAAAAAAAAAUUAAAAAAAGAAUAAUAAGUUGAUCUGCUCCCCAGUCCUCCCCAGCCACCUUGUUGCCCCUCACGCCAGCACGGAAACUGUCUCACUAAUGCCUUGAACAAGUGUGUCAGCUUCAGCAGUUAACAGUCUGUUAGUACAGUCUCUUCAGUUCCUGUUCAUGUUGUUGUUGUUCUUAUGAUUUAUAAUACGCACACACACACAGAUGUAAAGAACACAAAGAUGCAGAAUGGACAUAUUGCAUGACAAACUCUUCGACAGUCGCCAUCAGGCUUUUCCCUCAGUAGCAAGAAAACAAGAACAGCAGAUAAAUUGGACAGCAGUGGACCAACAUUAAUAUAUAAUGUUGUAUUAAGUAAAUUAAUGCAAUAUCAAAAAUGCAUGGCUGAUGUGUACAUGAGACUCCACCAGUAAGUUGAAACAUCAAACCACUGAAACUUAGCAUCUGAGUGUUAUGACUAAAAUAACAAAACAAAACAAAAACAACAAAAAAAGAGGAAAAAAACAUUGGUGUUUGAAUGUUAAGUUGCCAUAUUGUUUUUGAAUAUUUUUGCAGUUUUAACCGUGAGCUUGGUGGAGGUUGGUCUACGAAAAGAAAAAAAAGAAAUGUUAAAAGGGGAAUUCUGCAGCAAAUACUUAUUACCAUAAGGAUCAUUUUUAUAUCUUGUUUACAUUAAUGUAGCAAUUUUGUGUUUGUAUACAGUAUUGUUUUGUUACCAACAGACAUUAGAAAAAAAAGGUUACUUGAAAAUUAUUCAUUGCAUAUUAAAGGGAGUUUUAUCUUG